ACCUUUAAAAUGCAAAUAACUAACAAUAAUAACACAACGAGAUUCUCAUAAAUAAUAUUCUAUUUUACUAAAGUAAAAUUUGAAAAUAAAAUAAUUAAGAAGAAAAAUAUUGGUACUCCUGUUGGUUGUUAAAAUAGUCAGCUGUGUAAACAUAACCUAACAAAAAAUGUUCUCUGCCCGAAAUAUAAAUUUAUUAAACUUAUUUAAUAAACGCUGUUGUGUGUAUUUGACCAAAGUUUCGUACUCAAAUACUCAUUCGAAAUUUUUCACGCCCAAGAGUCAGAGCAAACAAAUUGGUCCUUUGGGUUGGUUCCUCUUGGUCGUUCCGGCCUCAACUUUCGCUCUAGGGACGUGGCAAGUUCAACGGAAGAAAUGGAAAGAGGAUUUGAUUGCGAAAUUACAUAACUUGACUGAUGCAGAUCCUGUGCAAUUACCUACAGAUUUAAAAGAAUUGGAAAAUAUGGAAUAUCGGCCAGUCCAUGUCCGUGGUGAAUUUUUACACGACAAGGAAUUAUAUUUAGGUCCAAGGACCCUAAUUUUAAAGGGCGAUGCAGCGACUAAAAGUCAACUUAUGUCAUCGACGACGAAGCAAAAUCAAGGCUAUUUAGUUAUCACACCGUUCAAAUUAGUUGAUAGGAAUGAAAUAAUCUUGAUAAGUCGGGGUUGGGUGCCUGCAAAAUGCAAAAACCCUGCAAGUAGGGAUAAAGGCCAGGUUAAAGGGGUCGUUGACGUUGUUGGUGUAGUCCGCCUCCAGGAAAACCGCCCCACAUUCAUUCCCAAAAACCAGGAAGACAGUAACCAAUGGUUCUAUCGCGAUUUGAACCAAAUGGCUAAAGUCACAGGAGCCCUUCCUGUUCUUCUAGAGGCUACCACUGACUUCGACACACCUGAGGGCCCCAUCGGGGGCCAAACUCGAGUCUCUUUACGUAACGAACACUUAUCGUAUAUUCUCACUUGGUAUAGUUUAAGUGCCGCUACGUCUUACUUGUGGUACAAACAGUUCUUGAGUCGGGUCAAAUAAAACUAAAAUUCCGCUGAUAAAAUUUAUUUUCCUACUUUGUACCAUUUAAAUAACAAUACACUUUCAGUUUGUAACA